AUGUCCAAUUCCUGGAUGAGCGGCGCGGCACGAUACGUCAUACGCACCGCGUCGUUGCUUUUCGGGUUGGUGUUCCUCUGCCGUCUGGUUCAUGCCGACGUGGUCGCAAGCACGAGUCGCGGAAUCUUCUACGCCUUCGCGGACGGCCAGGUGGUGCUGAUCGACCCGACGAAAGGCAGUCCGCUAGCGUCACUUCGCGCGUUUAAGGGGCCAUCGGGGCACGUGCCCUUCCCCAACAAGUGCCCCGCUCACCCUUUCAGGGGCGAGUGGCGCAGCGUGGCGUUCGGCCCCGCGCAGCGCACGCUGCUGGCCGCGGCGAGCUACAGCACGACGGGCGCGCUUCGCCUGCCGGAACUCACCGACGCUUUGCACGUGUUCGACACGGUCGCAGCGGACGUCACGGCGCGAGUGCCGCUGAACAACACGCCGGACAGCGUCUACUUCGUUCCCAUCGCUAACGAGGUGUGGGUGCACGCGGCCGACGUGGCGGACCGCUACUCGUUCUCCAUUCUGUCGGCGCAGCCACCUUACGCGGAGGUGCACAGCCAGGGCAUUAACACCAUGCUACCCGCGGGGCGUGCGCGCCUACUGCAGAGCCCCAACCUGGGCACGCGCGGUUAUUUGACGACCUCGGGAUCAUCGGGGGUGUACGCCGUCGACCUCGCGCGCCCCUCCACCGCGCCCGCGCUCUUCCUCUCCUUCCAGGAAGCUGCCGCCGUCUCCCAGCGCGCCUGUCCCGGCGCGCUCUCCAGCGCGUACGCGCGCGUGCUGCGCCACGCCUUCGUCUCCUGCGCGCUUCCGCCCGCCACCUCCCCCCUUUCCCCUGCUGACGGCGGAAUCGGGAUCGGCGUGAGCGAGGCGGGCGCGGGCGCACGGAAGGCGAGCGCGGCAGAUGGAUUGGCGGAAACGCGGAAUCUGGCGACGGUGCAGAUCGACGCGCGCACGAACCUGAUCGUGGGCGUCUGGCCGUUCGCUGGCGAGCUGUACAUGGCGCCGGACGAGAGCUUCCUCUUCGUGGUGGAUGCGACAAACAAGGCCAUCCACCUGCUGCAGCUGAGUGCCGUCCAGCCGCCGCCCGCGCAGCCCAACGGGCAGCUGCAGCCCACGCCGCGGCCGCGCCCCAACGUGACGGCGUGGCAGCCGCUGACGUUCACCGUCGACUACACGCCGCUGAAGCUGGUCUUCACUCCCAAGCCGCCGCACUACCUGGUGUACAUAAGCGUGGCGGAGGGCGGCGUGAUAGGGCGGCUGGACAUGCAGCAGCUGAUGCAGUGCGGCAGCGGGUGCUCGGCCGGCAACAUGGCGUCCUUCGUGCAGUUCGAGCAGCAGAUGGGCGAAAACUCUCCUCCAAGAGGCGGGCUUGUGCUCUCACGGCCCGUGGCAGCAGGCGGGGGCUAUGUGUGCCAGGUGGCGGCAUACGAGCAGAGCAUAGUGUGCUUGGAGGAGGCCACGGGCCAGAAGACUCCCUAUGCCAACAUCAGCGGUGUGCAGCACUUGAUAUUUGUCCCCGGUGACUACAUGGGAGCCCCUCCAUUGACUGCAUUGAGCACGACCCUUGAUUGCGCCACCAUUCCCAGAGACAUCAGCGUGCCACCAGCUCCGCCUCCUCCCUCUUCAGAGCCCAAGGCAGCAAUGAGGAAUCUUAUUUUCGGAUCCUUUUGGCAUAUAGCGAUAAUUAGUCUCGCUCUAGCGUUUAUUGCUUAG